GUGCAAUGCGAGCUCCUCUGCGCUGGGUGCUGUGGGAUGUGAAAGACACCUUGCUGAAGGUGCGAGCCUCUGUAGGAGAGCAGUACUGCAAGGAGGCUGAACGGGCUGGUCUGAGCGUCAAUCCUGUAGAGGUCCAAGCAGCUUUUCUCCAGUCUUAUCGACAUCAGUCCAGCAGAUACCCAAACUACGGCGUCACACAGGGCCUUGAUGGCCGGUCUUGGUGGAUGGAGGUGGUGAGGGACACGUUCUCUCAGUGUAGGGUUCAGGACCCAGCCCUGCUAAAUACAAUUGCGCAGAACCUUUAUGAUAACUUCUGCGCUGCAGAGAACUGGGAGGUUUUUCCAGACUCAGAGAAGGCCCUUCAGACCUGUUCCUCUCUGGGACUAAAGCUGGGUGUGGUAUCAAACUUUGAUCGACGCCUAGAAGAGAUUUUACGUGUUUGUGGCCUUCUGUCUCACUUCACCUUUCUGAUCACAUCCGAGGAAGCCGGUGUAGCAAAGCCGAGUCCGGCCAUUUUUGAUCAGGCACUACAGAAAUGUGGUGUGCCAGCUGCCUGUGUAGCCCACAUUGGAGACCACUUUGUGAAUGAUUACCUCACACCUCGCUCUGUGGGCAUUCAGGGCUUCCUUUUGGACAGACACAACAAGUAUAGAGCCCCUGAUGUUCCUGGAGAGCAUCGACUCAGGUCCCUGGAGGAGCUGCCAUCCCUGCUUCAGCAGCACAUGGACUAAUGCCAGGCUGUCAUGGGCUCACGUGUAAAGUCACUCAGCCAAACUGUGCUUCAGUUAAGGAAACCAAAGUCAGGUAAUGUUAAACAGAGAGUCUUCAGCCACUUUAGGACUCUUUACUUAUUUAAAAAAACAAGUAUCAUGGCUUGUAAUAUAAAAACUACACUGUGUAAUUGUCAUGCAUUUCUACUGCAAGUACAUUGGGAUCAAUAAAUAUCUAUAAAUAAUACA